AAGAAAUGAUAACACACAAGAAUGCUCAAAUUUUUUUCACAGAAAAUUUUCAAAUUCCGAAAGAAAAGAUAACCUCAGUAAACAAAACAAUUUUCAGAAUAAUAAUUGCAAUUAUAUAUAUGUUGAUGUACAAUCUAAGUCUGUUUUACAUAAUAAUUAUAAUUGUAGAUCUACUAGUAGAAAAAUUGUUGAUUCAAUAUCUCAACAAGAUAUUUUGAAUUCUUUACAUUCAUCCAAAGAGGAGUUAAAACAAAGUAUACUACAAACACCAAAUCAAACAAAUAGAGUACAAGAAUCAUACAAAGGAAUAAAUAAUGUAACGAAUAAACCAAAUGAAACAGAUAGAGCACAAAAUAUGUCAAGUGGUAUAUGUAGACCAGAUAAAUCAUCCGACAGAAUUAAUGGAAUAUCUAAACGUUUAGAUAUGAAAAGAAACAUAGGAGAAUCAUCAUCAACAAAACGUAGAUUAUCACAAUCAUUAUUUAUAAAGAACGAAAAAAAUAAAUCGUCAGAUAAUAUAAAUGAAGUACGAAAACCAUUAAUUAAAAGAAGUAGAAUCGAACAGAGUUUAGAUUCAAAUAAAGGAAUAGCACAGCCAAAGGAGAGAAAAAAUGAGGAAAAAAAAACAUUAUAUGGAAACAAGGAAGCACAACGAACAUUAUAUGGAAACAAGGAAACACAACGAACAUUAUAUGGAAACAAGGAAGCACAACGAACAUUAUAUGGACAAAGAAAAUUAUCACACCCUUCAGAUAAAUACAAUAAACAAUUUCAAGAACGAAGUAGCAAAUUGCAUGAAAUGGAAAAAAAAAGAAGAACAGAAAAAUAUGACAAGGAAUCUUUUCGUGAUUCAUAUAUUAAAAGAAAAACACCUUCAUCUCAUGUGAGAUCUUACGAAAAUGGGAAAAGGUUAUACGAUACAUAUGUAAGAACAAAUGAAAAAUAUGAAGGAACGAAUAAAUUUAUUAAUUCAAAUAUAGAUAGAGAAACAAAAACAAGAGAACAAAUUUUUCCAAAUAAUAAAGAAAAAAUCAAUAAAAAUAUUUUGGAUAAUCAAAAUAAAACAGUAGGUAAAAAACGUCCUUUUGAUGAUAUGAAUGAUAUUAUAAAUACAUGUGAACAAAAAAAAGAUCUUUUUUCUGAAUCUCAAAAAGUAUAUAGAAAAAAUAAUAAUAUCAAUCAAAAUAAUGAUAAAUUAGUAAAACAUCCAUCUGGAAAAAAAAAUAAUAUAAAUCCUUACAAAAAUAGUACACCAUUAGAAUGUUUCAUAGAAAGAGAUAUUAAAAUUUGUGAAAAAUACUCUUAUUCUCCAGGUGGAAAUGAACAUAUAUUAAAUAGUAGUAAACAUGAACAAAAUACUCAAAUAAAAAAAUUAAAGAAACCACUUCAUAUAAUAUUAAAUGAAAUUGAAAAGGCAGAAUUUUAUGGUUUAAAUGAACUAUAUAAAAUUUCUAUAAAUAUAAACUCAAUUAUAAAAAAUAUUCAAUAUUAUAUAGAGGAUUUAAAUUAUAACAGAAUUAUGCAUAUAUGCCAAAGAUUGUCGAUGCACAACUUUAGUUAUAUAGGACAUAUAUCUUUAAUGCUUAUGAAAAAAAUAGAAGAAAUAAUUGAUAAAAAAUGUACAGAAAUAAAAUUCUAUUCAAAUUAA